AUGUACGCCGGUCGCACUGCUUCGCGGGCUGCGCCUGCAGUCUUCAGAGCGGGCAUCAGGACCAGCACACGCGCCCAUCGCCCUAUGCUUAGGACCUCACCAGCCAUUCGCAUCCUCAUCCCUUUGCGUGCCCUACAAACCGAGACGACAUCUUCAAACGCUGCGCAAAACUACCCACCUCCUGGCUUUGACCCCUCAAAAGCGAGCAAAACACUUCCUAGGCAGGAGCAGAAGACCCAGCAGCAGUCGAAACCGCUGCUCGAGAAAGAGGACACCAUUAUUCCCAAGUCCGGUGCGACUGCCAACCCCAAGACAGCCGCCCAGGAUGUCCAGACAAUGACGGAACUGGCGGCGGAGAAGUCUGCGGCCGAGACCAAGGAGGAGAAAAGGGCCAUUGCGAAAAAGGAAGAGGCAAAGAAGAAGUUGACUGUCUGGCAAAAGGUCAAGCACGAGCUGGCUCACUACUGGGACGGAACGAAGCUGCUAGGUUUCGAGAUUCGGAUCAGUUCCAAGCUGGCUUUGAAGAUGGCUGCCGGUUACGAGCUUACUCGGCGAGAGCGUCGACAGUUGCAACGUACAGUACAGGAUCUUGCCCGUCUGGUACCCUUCCUACCCUUCGUCAUUGUCCCGUUUGCCGAAUUGCUGCUCCCUGUAGCACUAAAGCUCUUCCCCAACAUGCUUCCCAGCACCUACGAAGGGCAGUCAGCCAAAGACAGCAAAGCUCAAACUCUCCGAGCCACUCGGAAAGACGUCAGCGGUUUCCUCCGCCAGACUCUCAAGGAAACCGGUCUACCCGUCUCUCCCGAGAACGCGCAGACAGCCGAGUUUGCAGAGUUCUUCCGCAAGGUCCGCACAACUGGCGAGAAGCCAACUCCCGAGGAGAUUAUCAAGGUCUGCAAGAUCUUCAAGGAUGACCUUACUCUAGACAACUUGUCCAGGCCUCAGCUUGUCUCCAUCUGCCGAUACAUGAACAUUACAUCUUUCGGUACGGACAACUUCUUGCGCUACCAAGUCCGCGUACGCAUGCGCCAGAUCAAGCGCGACGACAGAGCCAUUGCCUACGAAGGCGUUGAAUCACUCUCCGUUCCCGAGCUCCAGACUGCCUGCGCAAGCCGUGGUCUCCGCACCUACGGUGUCUCUCCUGGCCGAUUGAGGGACGACCUUACUAGCUGGUUGGAUCUCCGCCUAAAACACGGUGUCCCCUCGACUCUCCUUGUGCUUUCCAACGCUUUUGUGUAUGCUCAGGGUAAGGAGACUGAGAUGACAUCUCAAAUCGACGCUCUAGAGGCAGUUCUCUCCAGCAUUCCUGAGGAGCUCUACCACGAAGUAGAUCUUGAGGUCCGCAAUGCCGAGGGCGCCGCGACCAACAAGCAACGUCUUGAGGUCCUCAAGGAGCAGCAAGAACUGAUCAACGAGGAGAACGAGCAGACAGAGACUGUUGAGAACAAAGCUACUGCGUCGCCUCAAGACCACGAAAACAUCGAUGAAACCGAGAGGCCCGCAAAGGAGGCACAAGAUGCCAAGGAGGCCAAAGCUGUUGAGGAGGGCAAAGAAGCCGAGGCUAGCACCGGAGGCAAUGCAGGUGGUAGUGCUGAGCGCGCCGAACAGGACGACCGAGCAAGGACGAUGGAUGACCCCACGGGCAAUGCCGACAAGCCCGCGGAAGCAGCGAAGAAGGAUUAA